UAAUUUGCACGACGGCGUACAGGACCGUGAGCAUUGAUCCAGCUUCUGCUAUAGAGUUAGUAUCAAUGCUUAUGUACAUGAGCUGCAUCAUAACAGAACUCUUUCUAUAUUGCUACUACGGUCACGAGGUGAACUGGGAGAGCGCGUGUAUCAUAGAAUCAGCCUACAAAAUGGAUUGGCUUGAAUUGUCCGUCAAACAUCGAAAAGAUCUCAUUAUUUUCAUGGAAAGAAUCAAGAGACCUUUACAACCCAUGGCGGGAGCUUUCAUACCGUUAUCCAAUAACACGUUUAUAUCGGUUAUGCGCAGUUCAUAUACAUUCUUUGUGUUUUUGAAGAAUACACACUAAUUUCUGAGAAAAGUAAACUGAACCGCAUAUUUUUGACAGUAAAGUCUAGGCUCACUUUAGAAUCGAUACAUUGUUAUCUGUUUUAGUUUAAUGAAGAUUAAAUAAUUUACUAGAUGGAAUUUUAUUUUUG